GGACUUAUAUUUUGAAAAUAAAACAGCACUUCCGGUUAUGAAUAUCUCCUCUACCGGGAGCUCUCUGUCGGAAGCUUUGGCGUCUUUUUGCUCUCUCCUGCUUUCCAGUUAUUUUUAUUCAGGAGAAGGCGCGAAACGGAGCCAUGGCGGCGCGCUGAGGAAGUAAAGCUGUAAUGGAGGAACAGAGUAAAAAAGUCCUUUUUAAAUCCGAAAUGACGGAAUGUGGGAGCGAGCAGAGGAACAGCGGCGAGUCUAAAUCCGAACAGGAAAACGGCUCGUGUAAAGAAACGGCACCUGCGGAUUUCAGUGAUCCGGUGUAUAAAGAGCUCUCUCUGGCCAACGGCACCAUUAACCGCAUGAACAGAGAUGAACUGCGUGCUAAAUGUGCUGAGCUCAAGCUGGACACCAGAGGUGUGAAAGACGUGCUGAAGAAGCGUCUUAAGAACUACUAUAAGAAGCAGAAGCUGAAGCAGUCGGCGACGGCCGGCUCCGACGGCUCGUAUUACGACUACAUCUGCGUGGUGGACUUCGAGGCGACGUGUGAAGAGAAUAACCCGCGGAACUUUAUCCACGAAAUCAUCGAGUUCCCCAUGGUCCUCAUCGACAUGCACACUUUGGAGAUUGUCGAUUCGUUUCAGGAAUACGUGAAGCCCCAGUUGAACCCGAAGCUCUCGGAUUUCUGCGUGGAGCUAACAGGAAUAACACAGAAAAUGGUGGACGAGGCGGAUCCGUUCCCUCGCGUUCUUCGCCGAGUGGUGGACUGGCUGCAGGAGAAAGAGCUGGGCACCAAGUACAAAUACACUCUGCUAACAGACGGAUCUUGGGAUAUGAGUAAAUUCCUUCACACGCAAUGCCGACUGAGUCGACUCCGAUAUCCUCAGUUUGCAAGAAAUUGGAUCAACAUCAGAAAGUCUUAUGGAAACUAUUAUAAGGUGGCUCGGACCCAGACGAGGCUGAACUGCAUGUUGGAGAAUCUCGGCAUGCGGUACGAGGGCCGACCGCACUGCGGCCUGGACGACUCACGCAACAUCGCCCGUGUCGCCAUCCGCAUGCUGAAGGACGGCUGUCGGCUGCGCGCGAACGAGCGUCUGUACGAAGGCGAGCUGCAGAACGUGUCCAGCACAGUGGUGUUGGAAGGAGCUCCGCCUCCUCAGUACCCCAAAAGCAGAGACUGAUUCAGUAGAGUAUUUGGUAAGCAGGCAGUAAGUGAGCAGGAGUGGAAAUGAGUGUGGGGAAUUUGAUUUGACAAAAAGCGUGCUUUGUUUACUGCCAGUUCGUAAGAUUAAUAAUAACGACCGGACCAAAUCUCCUGUCUGUGUUUUUAUACUAUGCAUCAUUUCUCACAAGCACAUUUCACAAAGAAGUCUUUUAUUUUGGAUUUUACAUCUCCAAAUUCAUUCUUUACUCUUUAGCAGCAAUCAUCCUGAAUCUGCACCCGUAUUUUUUUUUUUAACAUAACAAUAAAGUGCCAUUCCAGUUUUAA